GUUUUGCUGUAAACUAAAGAGAGGAUCAUCAUGAACUCUACACAGUUUUCUUCUUUCACACUUGCUGCCUACUUUGACAACGGGCUGUUCAAAUACUUAUAUUUCAUGAUUGUCAUGUCUUUAUAUAUGUUAAUAGUUUGUGCCAAUGUUUUGCUCAUUGUGAUUAUCUGUAUGAACAGAAGCUUACAUGAACCUAUGUACCUUUUUCUGUGCAGCCUGUUUGUAAAUGAACUGUUUGGUAGUACAGGUUUGUUCCCAUUCCUUCUGGUUCAGAUCCUCUCUGACAUUCACACUGUUUCUGCUUCUUUUUGCUUCCUGCAGAUUUUCUGUGUGUAUACAUAUGCAAGUAUACAGUUUAGUAAUCUAGCCACCAUGUCUUAUGACAGAUACCUUGCUAUCUGUUGUCCUUUACAAUAUAAUACACAUGUGACAUAUAACAAAACUGCCUUUCUCAUUGCUGUAACAUGGUUAUACCCGUUUCUUGCUAUUUUUAUUUUGAUAUCUUUGAGUUCCUCUUUACAGCUGUGUGGAAACAUCAUUAACAAAGUUUACUGUGACAACUACUCUAUUGUUAAACUGGCAUGCUCCGACACCAGAGUCAAUAACAUCUAUGGAAUCGUUUACACGUUUACAACAAUUGUUCUUGUACUUUUAAUCAUUUGCUCUUAUGUAAGGAUUCUUAAAGUUUGUUUUUCUGGUUCUAAACAGACCAGACAGAAAGCCGUCAGUACCUGCACACCUCACCUUGCUUCCCUGCUCAACUUCUCUUGUGGUUGUUUCUUUGAAAUAGUGCAAAACAGAUUUGAUAUGAGCAGUGUACCUAAUAUGUUGCGCAUUUUUGUAUCAUUGUACUUCCUCACAUGCCCACCGCUCUUCAAUCCUGUACUAUAUGGACUGAAUAUAACCAAAAUCCGCAUCACAUGUAAAAGUGUUGUCUUUGGUCGAAUGUAA